GCCGGGGUGCUGGGUGGGGAGGAGCCUGCAUGACGGGGAGUGGUCGGGCGGGGCGGGCCGCGGCAGGACCGGGACGGCGGGCGGGAGACGGUGCAGCCGGCGGGCGCCCUCGGAGCUGCGCGCCUCGUGGUGAGGCUCGCCGGGGCCCGCGGAGCAGCGACCAUCGCACAGAGAUGAUCUGGGCCGAGAGAGAGUGGAGCGAGACCACUCCCGCCGGCCGAUCGGGCGAUGAACCUGAAGCCCUUAUCGCGCCAGUUAGGAGGCAGGAGCCGUCAGGCCGCUUUGGCUGUGUAAAACCCGGUCCCUGCUGACACCAGCUGGCUGCUGGAGAGGACGGUGACGCCCAAGAAGGCCAAGUUCUAAAGGGCAGAAAGUCCCUCACCUGGCUUGUGUGUCCCCACGGAACAGUCCUUCAUGAGAUGCAGAGGCCUCCAUGGCUGUGAUAAGCCUGCUGUUUUUGGCAGUGAUGUAUGUUGUUCAUCACCCCCUGUUCGUCAGCGACCGCAUGGACCUGGACACGUUGGCCAGGAGUCGGCAGCUGGAGAAGCGACUGAGCGAGGAGAUGCGCCAGUUAGAGACAGAGUUCGAAGAGAGGAAGCGGGCGGCUGAACAGAAGCAGAAGGCCGAGAACUUUUGGAGAGGGGACACAUCUGAUGACUUGGUGCUGGGGAAGAAGGACACGGGGUGGCCGUUCCGGGCUGAUGGCCAGGAGGGACCUCUGGGCUGGUUACUGGGCAACGCGUGGAACGCUGGCCUCUUCUGCCUCUUCCUCAUCUUUGAGCUCCUGCGACAGAACAUGCAGCAUGAGCCAGCCUUUGAUUCCAGCAGUGAGGAGGAGGAGGAGGAGGAAGUCCGGAUCGUGCCUGUCACCUCCUACAACUGGCUCACCGACUUCCCCUCACAGGAGGCCCUGGAAUCCUUUUACAAGCACUACGUCCAAAACGCCAUCCGUGACCUGCCUAGCACCUGUGAAUUCGUGGAGAGCUUUGUGGACGAUCUCAUUGAGGCCUGUAGGGUGCUCAGCCGCCACGAAGCUCACCCACAGCUGGAGGAUUGCCUGGGUACUGGGGCUGCCUUUGAGAAGUGGGGGACCCUCCACGAGACCCAUACAUUUGAUGUCCUGGUGCCCAUUGUUCCCCCACAAGGCACUAUGUUUGUCUUAGAGAUGAGAAAUUCAGCCCUGGGCCACCGCUGUGGCAGCGUGUUGGUGGAGUCGGAGUGUAUGUGCAAACGCGAGAAGCUCCUGGGUGAUGUGCUGUGCCUUGUGCACCACCACAGGGACCCCGCGGGGGUGGGGGGCAAAUGUGGCAGCUCCAUCAAGGCGGCCCUUUGCACUGGCUCCCAACUGGAUGUGUGCAAGACUGUGCAGUGGUUCCGCAACAUGGUAGGCAACGCCUGGGCCCUUGUGGCCCACAAGUAUGACUUCAAGCUCAGCCUCCCGCCGUCCACCACCUCGUGCAAGCUGAGGUUGGACUACCGCUCAGGCCGCUUUCUCUCCAUCCAGCUGCUCUUGGGGGUGCAGCGAGAAGACACCUUGGUCUACCUGGUGAGUCAGGCUCCUGACCAGGAACAGCUCAGCAGCGUGGACUGGCCUGAGUCUUUUGCAGCCUGUGAGCACUUAUUUCUGAAGCUGGUGGGGCGCUUUGCCCCUGAGAACACUUGUCACCUCAAGUGCCUCCAGAUCAUUCUGAGUCUCCAGGAUCACAGAAGCUUACCCCCUGGGGCAUCUCACCCCAUCCUCACCUCCUACCACUUCAAGACAGCCCUCAUGCACCUGUUGUUGCGCUUACCCCUCACGGAUUGGCAGCACAACAUGCUGUCACAGCGGCUGCAGGACAUUCUUUGGUUCUUGGGGCGUGGCCUCCAACAAAGGUCUCUCCAUCAUUUCCUCAUUGGGAACAGCUUCCUCCCCCUCACCAUCCCGAUCCCUAAGACGUUUCGGAAUGCUGAGCCUGUCAAUCUCUUCCAGCACCUGGUGCUAAACCCUGUAGCACAUUCACAGGCAGUGGAAGAGUUCCACAACCUCCUGACUCAGGUGAAAACCCUGCCCUGUGCCCCACUGGCUGGGGCGCUUUAAAGACCAGUAAAAAAGCCAACCCACAAAAAA